AAGGCUUUGCUCGAGUGGAUAAAGUUAAUAAAAUUUCCAGAUGGCUAUGCGUCCAACUUGUCCAGAUGUGUCGAUACAAUCGGUAUGAAAAUGCAUGGAAUGAAAAGUCACGACUGCCACAUUUUUAUGCAAAGACUUAUGCCAAUCGCUCUCCGCGAGCUAUUACCGAAGGAAGUGUGGGAGCCUAUAACAGAGUUGAGUAUCUUCUUUCGUGAGUUAACCUCCACGUCUCUAACAGAGAAAGAUCUAGAUCGUAUGAGGCUGGAAAUCCCAAAGAUAUUGUGUAAGCUGGAACGUAUUUUUCCUCCCAGCUUUUUUGACUCCAUGGAACAUCUACCCGUACAUCUACCGUACGAAGCUAUGAUGGCAGGGCCGGUUCAGUAUCGCUGGAUGUACCCAUUUGAAAGAUAUUUGAGAAAACUGAAAAAAAAAAGUGAGCAAUAAAGGGAGGGUGGAAGGAAGCAUUAGUAGCGGAUACUUAAAUGAAGAAACCGCAAAGUUUGCAGCUUAUUAUUUUUCAGAAGGUGACCCAAUGAUACCUGAGCGGCUGCAAAGAAAUGAAGUUUGUGACAUUGAAGUCGACGAUGAUGUUGAGAGACUAUCGAUUUUCAAGCCGCAAGGGCAAUCAGUGGGUGCUUGCCGCAAGAGAUAUCUUGAAGAUGCUGAGAUUGUUGCUGCCCGGACAUAUGUUCUGUUGAAUUGUUCAGAAAUUGAAAAUUACAGAGAGGUUUUCGAAGGCGAGUUGCGUAGAGGAAACCCUGAAAUCAGCACCUCGCAAAUUGAAGCAAAGUUCGAGAGUGACUUUGCCUGCUGGUUUCAACAAUAUGUGCAAGAUCCAACUGUCUGUACCAAUCCCUUCAUUCUUAGUCUCGCUAAAGGACCUCUUAGAUCAGUCAGAACAUUUAAGGGGUACCGUGUAAACGGGUUCAAGUUUCAGACUCAAGCUUAUGGGGAGGAACAACUUACAAUGAAUAGUGGAGUCUGCGUAAGGGGAACUCAAUAUGUCGAUAGCGAAAAUGACUUUUAUGGAUUUCUGACAGACAUAAUUGAGUUAGAGUAUCCAGCGCUUCCAAUGAAAACGACUGUCUUAUUUAAAUGCGAAUGGUUCGACCCAGCGCAAAAUUCAGGCACAAUUAGUAACAAAAAAUACAACAUGGUGGAUAUUAAUAACAGAAGGAGAUACAACAAGUAUGAACCGUUCAUCUUAGCUGAACAGGCCGACCAAGUUCAUUACCUGCCAUAUCCGAGUAAAAGAAGGGAUAAAAUAAAUUGGUGGGCAGUUUGCAGGAUAAAGGCGCGAUCAGAGCUUGACAUGCCCGAGGGGAUUAUCCCGGCCUUUCAAGAUGACAUAGAAGAAAAUCCUCUCAUUGUUGCAACAGAAGACAAUCCGACAUAUUUGGCUGAUCAAACUGGAGAAGCUGAGGAAGAUGCGUUGUUCAUGCCUCCUGAACAAGAAACAGAAGAUGAGUUCAUCGCAUCCUCAUCAGACGAAGAUGAAAGCGAAGCACUUUAG